UAUUGUUAAAUAUUUGCAAAUUGUAAAAUAUUUAGAAAUGAAAAACGAAAAAAAAUCAUUGUGAAUUGUUAGAGAAUUUGUUUUUCGGUGUAUCGUUAAAACACAGAAAAUAUAAGCGGUGCCAUUUGUGUUACUUGUUGCUAACUACAUACAUGCAAACAUAUAAAAACAGUUGAUAAUUCUAUUCAAAUUUAAAUAAAAUGAUAAACUCAGUACAAAAAACAAACCAAUAUUUUAAUUUGAACUUUACAUGCGAUAGAUAGUACUCGAUAAAAGCACAAGCUCGAUGCAAUUUGCUAUUCGAUUUUUAGUACAUGGUUAACUCUUAGAUCAUUCUCGAUACGUGUUGCUCGAUUCGCUGCUGCCUGUAAAUAUACAUUGUGUAAACAAACAGCACAAAAAUAAAAAAAUAAAAUAAUGAAAAAUGCAAAUGUGUAUUGAAUAAGCUCACAGAAAGCAAAAAAAUGUGUUAAGUUGCUAUAUAAAAUUGAAAUUUGUUUUGUGGCAAAAUAAUCUGCAUACCAAUUGUUAAGAACAAGAACGCAUUAAAAAAACUAGUUUGCAGCGGCAGCGACGUCGACGUCGACGAUAACAAGAAACAACGCCACAAGGUAGUUAACGACUUGACAAGGCAAGCAGACAGGCCAGCGGGCGCGGCCGUGUGGGGGAGGAGGCGCAAGAAGAAGCUUUAAAGAAAAUGCAAGCAACAGGCAUUAAAUGCUUGCUGUGGCUCUCGCUGCUCACGUUCACGGGCAGCGGUGGGAGCGAGAGUGGAAGCGGAAGCAGGCAUAUUCUUGUUGCCGCAGCACAGCAGUGUGAACCAAUUACCAUUGAAAUGUGCCGCGGCAUUGGCUACAACGAGACCUCCAUGCCCAAUCUGGUCGGCCACGAGCUGCAAUCGGAUGUGGAGUACACGCUGCAAACAUUUGCACCGCUCAUUGAUUACCACUGCAGCUCGCAGCUGAAACUUUUCCUAUGUGCUGCCUAUGUACCCAUGUGCACGCCCAAGGCGCCAGUGCAUGCUAUUGGACCCUGUCACAGUCUCUGCGAAUCAGUACGCAUACGCUGUCAUCCCGUGUUGCAGGGCUUUGGCUUUCCCUGGCCCCCUGCGCUGGACUGUGAGCGCUUUCCCCGUGAGAACAAUCACGAGACCAUGUGCAUGGAGGGACCUGGUGAAACACAUAUACCGCUGCAAGACGCCGAUCUCUAUGGCCAAAACUUGUCCAACACGGGCUCUGGCAUUAAGCUGGGCACAACGCUGCCACUGGAUUGCUCCGCUCUGGCCAAAUCCCAUUUGUAUGUAAAGCUACAGCGUUCGGGACGCUGUGCGCCACUCUGCGAAGCGGACAUACUGUUCACGCCCAGCGAGAAGCAUUUGGCAGAGAUCUGGCUCUCCACCUGGGCCUAUGCAGCACUUGGACUUGCAACAUUAGCUACACUUUGCCUGCUACUGUUCAAUGGCGAUCAUCGUGGACGGGCUAGCACUGCGGCGGCGAAGUGGUCACGUUUGCUCUCACCGCUGCUUUGGUGCCACAAUAUGGUCACCCUGGGGUGGACAGUGCGCUUUAUUGUGGGACGCACGGGCACUGCCUGUGGCACAGAUCCUCAGGCGCCCAACGAGCUGCUGCUCAGCGUUGAUGGACUCUCCAAUGCAGCGUGUGCCAGCGUCUUUCUGUUGCGCUAUUACUUUGGCAUGGCAGCUUGUGCCUGGUGGGCUAUUCUCAGCCUGGGCUGGCAUCGCGAUAUACGCCGCAACAGUCCUGAUACGAAGGGCCAUAUUGCGGUGCCUGCCAAACGUGCUGGUCAUGCUAACACUGCUCAGCAGGAAUUGGCCAGAAAUAAUUUUGUUUGCUUCGUAGCUUGGGGUUUGCCUGCGUUUCAAACGGCCGCUGUGAUCGUCAUGCGUUUGGUCGAUGCCGAUGAGCUUUUAGGCGCCUGCUUUGUGGGCAAUCAGUCGGACAAGGCGCUACAGGUGCUUGUCGCCACGCCGAUAUUUUGCUAUUGGAUAUUUGGCAGCAUGAAUCUAAUCUCUGGCUAUUUGGUUCACUGUCGCAACAAGGAAAUGCUGCGCAAUAGCAACACGCUGAGUCUACAACAGCAACUUCAGCUAAGCACACACAGCAGCAAUGGCAUUGGCAGCUUUCUAUUCAUCUACGGCACAGUCUGUGCUUUGCUGCUGCUGGCCGUGAUCUAUGAGUUUGCCAACAUAGAUGUCUGGCUGAGCGCCAGAGAGACUAAUACGCCUUUGUGGCCAUUUUUGAUGCGCGCCUUUAUGGAACUUAUGCUGGGCAUUUGUUGUUUUGCUUGGGUGCUCGGUCCAAGCAUUUCAAGCUUAUACAAGCGCCAACUGUCUGCACGUCCACUGAAGCAGCCAACAGCACAACAACAACAACAGCAGCAACAACAACAACAACAACAGCAGCAAUUACAUCAACAUCACCAUCAUCAUGCACUGGAUGCACAAAGCAGCUCGCGUGGCUCUCAUUUGGCCUGCAAUAGCACUGUGAUAUCCUAUCACUCAGUGCGACCAUCGCAUCAAUCGCUGGUCAGCGCACCACCGCUCAUCGUUAGCCCGUACAGCAAGCACAAGUCAAGCGCUGGCGCUGGCUCCAUUUCACUCAAUCAAAUGUCCAACUAUUCGCUCGGACGCAGUACCCAUGCACAGUCCUCGCAGCGUUUCUAUUACGCACAGCAACAGCACCCACCACAUCAUCAUCAUCAUCACCAGCAGCAGCAGCAGCAACAGCAGCAACACUAUACGCAGCUGCAACGCUACGGCAAUGAGACGCUACUCUGAAAGCACAAUGAACUACAAGCUGCUUGCCAAUACUACAAGUCUGAGAUGUUAACUGCAACGUUCCUGCCAAGUUCAGCCUAGCAAUAUAAUACAGUCGAGCCACGCUACAGAGAAAUCAUUAAACUGGAGGCUAAAAGCAUUGGAGAAAGUAUGCAUACAAUACUAUAAUAUACUAUAUACAGUAGAUAUCAGUUAUAUGGCGCAGCUCUGUUAAGUAACUAUUACUUAAUUGGCUUAAAUGCGCAAGUUUUUAUACAAUUUUUAUAUACAAAUGCUUGACUGUACGACUCAACAGUUAGACGCAAUUUAAAGCGGAAUUUCUGAAACUGAUUUUGGUUUGAAUUCCAAACUUAACUUGUGCAACUGCUGAGCUACAAUUGGCAAGUCUUUUACUUUCAUAAAAGUAUUAACGAAUGUUUCUAACGGCUGGCUUCUGGGAACUCUAUUUAAUGUACUUCAUAUGCUGCUACUUUAUAAUUACUAUUUUUUUGCGUAAUUUCUGUGUAAAUGUUAAACAUUAGUAUUGUUUUUAGUGUUGUGUGUCUGUGUGUAUGUAUUAAUUUCAUUUAUAUAUUUAGCGCUGUUGUCGUUGUAACCAAAGUACAAUCUAACUUCUUGCCUCCCGCAUAUAAUUUGUCAUUCUUUUAAGACCCUGUACCACAAUGUACAAAGUGUCUUUGAGUUAACUUUAAAUAAUUUUCUGUAUCAAUUUUUUUUGUGUG